UCGCCGGAAAAGGGGCGGCAACGCCCUAGCCCCACUCUCAUUUCCCCCGCCAUUUCCCGCCAUCGAGGUCAUUCGCUUUUAGCCGCCGCUUGGGAAUUCCGCUGCGCAGCGUCGGCGACGGAGACGGCGGCCGACAUGGAGAUGCCAGAUCCGGAGGAGCUCGAGUGGAUGGAGAGCAACGGCCUCCUCCCGGAAGAAGAGGAGUACGCCUACUUCGACGACCCCGACGAGGGCUUCCUCCCGGCCGCCGGCGACGCGUGCAAACCGCACGCCCCCCCGCAGGAGACGGCCACCUCCCCCGCAAAGCCCGCAGAUGAGGUGUCGGAAGCCAAUCUGAAGCGGCCUCCCCCUCCGCCUCCGCCGGAGCAGGAGGAUGAGAGGAGCAAGAGGAGGAAUGUCGAUCGGGUGGAUUCGGUGGACGAAGACUGGCUGCGGUACUCGCCCCCUCCCGCCGCCGAAGCCGUUGCCGAGAAGAUUGUGUCGCGGUUCGCGUCGGAGAUCCAGGGGGACUCUAUGCCCGUCACAGCGCCCAACGGAGAAAGAGUUUAUGCCAAGCUUGCGACGGAGAAAUUGGUUAGCGAAGUAAUUGAGGGAACUAGGCGAAGGACUUCAAUUUCCAACCACGAUGGGCUCCUCUCAGAAUCAUUUCAUUCGUUGACAAUGCAAGCGGAGCAAGAGGCUAUAGCAAAGGUACACAUGUGAGAUAUAUGUGCAGAUCAUUAGCAUGUAUACUCCCUCCGUUCGGAAUUACUUGUCUCGGAAAUGGAUGUAU